AACAAAUCCUGUGCGAACUUUUAAAUCGCUGCAUUAUGAUUGGUUGGAACUAAAGCGUGACAUGCACUUGUCGAGCCACAAUUCGUUCAGACAAAGUGAGUAACUUUUAUAUACUGMUCCUGGGUAAAGUUUAUCAGAUGAACAGAUUUUGAUUUUACUCACGACGCGCACUAUAAYUUACUCAACGAGAUGGAAAUUAAAGAYCACAACACGCUUUUUCUUUUCUUCGUUUCCUUAUUCUUCACGUCGCAAGGGGAGAGUGUUUUUACUGUAAAAGGUUUCCAUCUUAUUGGUUAUGAACUUGAAAGUGUGGCUUCAACAGACUGGAUUGGAUGCAUUCAGAAAUGCAGCGGUAAUCCUGACUGUAUUUCAUACAAUUUUAACACACGAGGGAGUUUUUGUCAACUUAAUAACCGAGGGAUUGAUCACUUCUCUUAUAUUGCUAAUGAAAUUCUGACACAAGAUCAGGAUUACGUUUUUCAGCAACUUAAGACACCCAAAGACCAUCAACUUGCGCGUCCACGUUCUUCACAAUGCGAUUGCAACUGUGGUUCAGACCGGCACUGCUACGUUAAACCACCCCCAGGUAUUGGUGAUACAAAAGAUAUACCAGCAACAGCUUGCAAAGUCAUUCUGGAUAAGAGAAAUAAUGCCAAGAACGGUCCAUAUUACUUGGCAACGUUUCCCAUGACGACAUACGUCUACUGUCACAUGACUGAAUUGCCCGGAUGUGGCGGAGGCGGCUGGACACUUGUUAUGAAAAUCGAUGGAACAAAGCCGACAUUUCGAUACAAUUCGAGUUUCUGGACGUCCACUUCGAGAACGCUCAAUAUAAAGGACGGCAAAGACAUGAGUGAAAAAGAGACAUUGCUACCGACAUACUGGGGUAUCAAGAUUGUCAAGCAAAUUUGUCUUGGAAUGAAGUAUGAUGGUUUGACGCGAUGGGUGUCUUUAAACUAUACAGGGAAUAGUAGCCUGUACGACGCCAUGAAAACUCAUCACACUACAAACCUUAACGUUAGUCAGUGGAAAAAAUUGCUGCCUAAUUCUUCUCUAGAGACAAUUUGCACAAAGCAAGGGUUCAACGUUCACGAUUCAAAUAGUGGUUCUCCGUUAUCACGAGCUCGUAUUGGUAUUCUUGGCUAUUCCAAGUCCGACUGUGGCAGGAGUUUUACUCAUUCUAGACUGGGAUUUGGUACAGCAGGCUCGUCUGGUGGUAUGGUUGACGCUAAUUCUUGUGGCAACGAAGCCCGUCAACAUGGCGACAACGGCGACAGGUCAAUCACAGCGUUUGGUUACAUCUUUGUAAAGUGAUAGAAUUGGGGUUCCUGUGUGGAUCAAACUUGCUGAUAUACCGUACAUAAAAUAUAUCGAAAAUUUAUAAAACAUCUUUGUAUAGUGGUUAUAUGAACCAUUACAAAAAAUUAACUAAUACUCUGACGACGAUGCAAACUGGUUUCAACUUUGCACACAAAAAAACAUGGCACUAAAUCACUAUUAGACGUUCAUCAUUCAAUCAAGGCUUUUACGCAUUGCAAAAUGUAAAACCAUGCAUUGCCUGAAAUAUGCGUCAACUCAUGUAGAGUUAUGAUCUCUCAAAUCAUCAAAAUAUAGUUGAAAGUUUAAUGAA